ACGUUUUCAGCGUUUUGGAGCCAAAUCAGGAAAUGAACCAAAAUGCAGAAAACAAUCCCAAAUUCCUCUUCCUCCAAAACCGUGCGUGAGACGGGGAACUUGUACCAGAAAUUAUUUACUCAUGAGUUAAAUUCAAUCAAUCACAUUAUUUUUAGCUUUAUGGAGUAGAAAGAAAGGGAGAGAAGUCUUGGCCAUUUGCAUUCAAUUUGGAAUCGUAGGGAAGGAGCAAACAAAUCGAUAGGUAUAUAGAGAAAUGGGUUGCUUGUUCUCGGGAUUGAAUGCCCUUUACGACGCUGUUAAUGGUGGAGGGGAUGUUUGGAUCAGUGAGAAUCGGUUCAGGAUCUUGAGGCAGCUGGGAGAGGGUGGAUUUGCAUACGUUUUCCUUGUCAAGGAGGUUAUAUCUGAUUCAUCCAACCCUGGAAUUUCCAAGACAAUCAAGGACUCUUCUCAUGUCUCUGGUGUUAUUUCUUCUAAAAAUGUCAAUGGAAAUGGGAUCGAGCUAAGUAAUCCAAGCAGCAAGGCAUCGUCUGCUUCUAUACCCCGGAUUCUUCGGGGUGAGGGUGAGAUCUUGCAAUCCUCCAACUUGAAAAGCUUCGCAUUCAGUGAUCACAUGUAUUGCACAAACACAAGCACAAGCACAAGCACAAGCACAAGCAGGCAAUGUAUGUAUUGCUUCCUUCAACUAGAGUUGCAGUGGAAUUCGCAAGUCGGUAGAGAAGAUCAAAUUUGCACAACCAGACUGUGAAUGGAAAGCAUAAGUUAUGGAGCCACGACAUGUUUUGCACACAUUCUUUUGCAUUAGAAUAGAGGGGAUGUUCCCAU